AUGAGAUAUAUGAUACAAACUCCUGAAUUCUGGCAGGAUGUGCGCGUUGAUUUGACAAUGCAAUACAAGUUUAUUCUUAAAAGAAGCACAGGAGAAAUCAUUUGGCAACCUGGUCCUGACAGAAUUUUCAAAACAUGGGAAAGCAAUGGCAGUGUAGUGGUUGCAGAGGAUUGGGAAAAUGCUGGAGCCCAAAAAAUUUUAGAGGAGCAAGUGAUCAAUACUCCUGAUUUGGAGACUGUUGUUGCUGGAAAUGUUUCUGAUCAAGGGGAGGAAGUUAUGGCUGGUGUCAACAAGGAUUUAAUGCUUUCAGGGCACAUUGCCUACGCAGAAGAUAAAUCAAAUGGUAAGCAUGAGGUUGUCAAUGGUAUUGCCUAUGCGGUGGAGGGACACAUAAUUAAUCCAAACAUAAAACUUGAGUCAGAGGAAUCUGUUGGUAACAGAAAAGAGGUGCCAGCGGACAACAAUAAUUUUACAACUCUAACUAGCAAGAGCCCAGUAACCAUGGAUGAUGAAGAAACCUUGUUGACUUAUGAACAAGGCACUGUUCUUGCACCUGCAGAGUCGGUUCAACAAAUUGCCCAAGGGUCUUGGCUCGUUGAUUUUGAGCAACUCUCUGCUCUCUCGUGA